AUGUGCGAGGAUCCGGAGACCCCAAAGCACAUCCUGAGGAUCGUGGGCCGACAUGGGAUGGGCUCUUUUCUUCGCCGCUUCCUCGUCUUCGCCCCGCCAGAGAUGCUUAGGCGUUGGUGCCAGCACAAGUCCACCGCAGUCUUGAUGGCAUUCGUCGUGCGUGAGACAGCAGCAGUGGACUGCGCGGCUCUCGUCCACAAGCGACGGGAGCAGCUCCCUGCAGCGGUGGCGCGAGCCUGCCUCGAGCCAGGGGCAGACCUCUGGGCGAUGCGCUUUUGCGCCACUCCCGGUAUUGACGUUUGGCUCGGUCGAUUUCUGAACGACCCUCGCGGAGCCAGCUUUGCACAUCGACUCCUUCUGCAGCCGAGAUUCAUCGACAAGGUGGAGGACUUCCUGGGCUUCAAGGAAGCCAGGGCAUUCGUGAUCCGUCUGCUCCGGCAGCCUGGAGUGUACCGAUUUGUCACGUGGUUGAACCGAGAUCCGAAGAUGCAGCAAUGGUUCGCACGCAUUGCCAAACGUGAGAAGCCCAUGCUCUUCAUCACCGAAAUGCUGCUGGAGCCAGGCCUUGACAAGUUCAUCGUGGAUCUGCUGCUUCGACGCGGCAAUGACGUGGCCUUGAGAAGUAUGUUGGACUACUGGGUGCACACAGAGGGUUCCUUCGCUUCCGUCUUCGGCUCCUUCUCCAAGAAGCCAGGAAUCGAGCGAGCUUUGGCACGAGUUGUGAUCAGUCCAGGCUUCCUCGAUGGCUUCGUGUUCAGGAAGUUCCUGUGGCAAGAGGGGCUCAGCGACUUAGCCCUGGAAGCCGCAACUUUGGUCGGUGUUCGGGGCCUGGUGGACAACGUGCUGCCUCUGGCCUUCGCGGUCCUUGUAGCGAUGCUGGUCUUUUCUGUGCAAGGCACGCAGGCAGGCUUCCUGGCGCUCUUCGAGGAGGAAGGCUUGGGAGACAUCGUGCUGCCGUUUAUUGCCGGCCUCUCCGCUGGCAGCCUUAGCCGGGAUUUGGCCCUUGCCAUGCGGAGCAUGAUGGAGCCAAGCGCCAGUGAAGCAAAGGCCAAAAUCUGA